UCUCUUCCCGCCAGGCACACACAUGAAGGGGCUAGCAGUUCUCGCCAAACUCUCUCGCGGCCGCUGGUUCACGGCCAGGCUCAUCUAUCAUCUGAUCGGGACCUGCCUCGCCAUCGCUCUCCUCGUCUGCUUCCUCUUGAGCUUCAUCCCCACCCGGAACUUCCUGCUGGGCGGUGUCUUCCCCGGAACAUGGAUGCCCAUCCCUACGUCGCGCCUCCUGCGCUUCCACAUGGCGCCCCAUGAGUACGACGUGGGAAACUGUCCAGAGACGUGCACGAGGAAGUACAGGCCCAAGACCCGGCUCGAAGACCUGAAGGGUCGGAAAGUGGCGCAUUAUGAUCAUUUGCACUUAGAUCCGGUUCCCGUUCGUGGACAUGUUCCUGUACGCCGAGGACGAGGAGUACAUCUGGUCCAUCACCGAGUACAACAUCCAGAACCUGGCCUUCCGGAAACAGGACGUGUUCCCUCUGAGCAGGGCGCCGCUGGAGGGCAAGGACUACCCGGUGCCAGGCCGCAGCGAGUACGUGGUGAGGACACAGUUCCAGGGCCUGGACACCUGUGUGUCGCCCGGGAUGCUGCACAAGUACAACCACGCGCUGACACAGGCGGAGAAGUCGGCGCUGCCCUGUAGCCGUCUCCGACAUAUGUACCCCGUCUAUACGUCCUUGGAUACCACCAAAACUGACCAUAGAUAGCCGUCUGUGACAUAUGUACCCCUUCUAUACGUCCUUGGAUGACCAUAGAUAGGACAUAUAUACCCAGUCUAGACGUCCUUGGAUACCACCAAAACUAGCCAUAGAUAGGAUAUUUUCACGUCCUU